AUGCCUUCGAACGACCUGGUCGUCGACGACGUCACCUUCAGUGCUGCCCAGAGUGCCCUACAGGCAGGGCGACAGUGGCAGCGUUCGUUGGACCUUUUUGCCUUCAUGUCCGGUGCAAAGAUCUCGCCGAGCUUGAUGAGCUACAGCGCUGCCCUCAGCGCAUGCCAGAAGGGUGCUCUCUGGCAGCAGGCCAUGCAACUGCGACAGGAAUUCUUGAGCUCCAGAAUCUGCGGCGAUGUGAUUCCACACAAUGCAUGCAUCAGUGCUUGCGCGAAGCCGGCGCGGUGGGAUUUGGCGUUGGCUGUGUUCCGCAGCCUCCCAAUGAUGCAGCUCACACCCAGCAUCGUCUCAUACAGCGCGAUGAUCACCUGUUUGGAGAAGGGCUGGCAGUGGCGCAUGGUUGUUGAACUGCUGGAGGAGCUAGGAAGCUCCGAUCUGAUCAUGAGUGCCGACGUCGCCGUAUUCAGUGCUGCCAUCAGCGCGCUUGAGAAAGGCUUGCAGUGGCAGUCGGCUUUGAAGACCUUUGGGAUCAUGGCCAACAAGAGCAUCCUGCCGAAUGCAAUCUGCUACAAUGCCACCAUGAGCGCCUGCCAGCGCCAUUGCGGCGCGCCCGUGCUGGUUCUGCGGUGGCCACGCGACGGGCCUUUGCCCACCUUCGUCACUGCCAUUUGCUUGGCUGACGAAGGUUUUCCCGGGAGAGCGCUUCUCCCCUCUUUCGCAGCUUGUAUGAGGCAGGGCAAGCUGUACACGCCACUGAUCCCUUUGGUGCUGAUUGGUGUGGCACUUAUCUACGUCGGUACUGCACCGGCACGUGAUUUUUCCCAAGGUGAGGCGCAAGCGGUGCGCCAGCCCUGGGUGGCAUCGCGGAGGCUUCAUCGUGGCACUGGUUUGGCCUCCGAUAUCUCUCUGCUCCGACAGCACCACGGCAGUAUGCCACCGAAGGCCAAUACAGACAAAGCAAAAGCCUCUGGCAAGGGGCAAAAAGGAGAGCAUCCGCAGGUUUCCAAGAUCGAUUUCGCUCUCCCAGCUGCGGUGUCUACUUCUUUGCAGUCAAUUGCAACAAGGUCAACCCAAGAUCUCUGGGGAUCACAUGCCUUCUCCCUAGAAGAUGCUACAGCCGAACAGCUCGCUCAACGGAGAGCGAACGCUAUCUCAAAACUAUCAAAGAGGCUGACUGGCAACGUCCGUGCGAAAGACGAACUUGGACUUGCUUUACAACACUGGUGCGUCACUAUCGGUCAACAUUUGUUGGGAUUGAUCGGCCGCACCCGUGCUGUGUGUACCAAGAUCGACGAGGAUACAGCGCAGGCGGUUCAGGAGAUGAACGAAGCUCUGGUCCAUCAACCUUCUUCAACAUCCCUAGACAAAGUCUCCCUCGCUACGGCCUCGAUGGGCAUGUCGUGGACCGAGGUGCAGGAGACCGAGAUUCAACGAAUCGCAGCGGCACUUCGUGCUUUUGCCGUGGUACAGAGUCCGGGUACGGCAGCUGCAGGGAGUGGGCCACCUCGAACCCUACUUCCUGGAUCCGGUUUUGGCGAGGCUUCGACGGCCUUGCAAUUGACCCACGAGCACCUCACCACGGCUGCCGCCCCGGAGCAUCGAGGAUACGAUCGACAUUCCGAAGCCAGUUUUGGGUUGGGGGUCAAUCCUUCCACUGCUGGUGCAUCCAGAAGCGACCCAGCCCACGUGGUUUGGCCGUUCGCACCUGCCCCUGGUCCAGAGAUCCCUGCGGCGCCCCCGUGGCUCAGCGAGGCCACGGGCAGGACACCCGAAGCACCCCGCAGGGUGCCAAUCACAAGUGUGACGACCUCCGAGCCGGAGUUAGUGGCAGCGGAGACCCCAGUGGCUCUAACCUGGCAGAUUGCGUGGCUGUCACUUCUCAGGUUCGCAGUCGAAAACGGAGCGGACCCAGUCGGCGAAGUUGCUGUCAGUGCCGAACAGGAUGCUGCCCUUCCCCUCAGCACCGACACCCAGGCUGCCGAGGUUACUCUUCAGGUAGCCGGGCAUGUGUGGCAGUUGCUCCAAGAUGCUGUUGCCAGGCCGUCAGAAACUUGCCUUCAGGACCUCCACGACGGCCUGCGCGAUGUGCUUUAUCGGGCAAGACAGUUCCCGGUUGUCUUGUCCAAGUUGCCGCAGGGUAUCCUAGUUGCUGCGCAUGUUACUAUAGGGGGACUGUUAGAUCCUUUUGCGUAUGCGCCCGCUACGGCACAGGAAUGGCUCUUUCCGGAGCAACUGGUCGAGAUGGGGGGUGCUUGCUUAGGAUACCUCCCCACUGCUGCUUCCGUCAACCCACAUGUCCAAGCAGUAUGGCCGAUAGGACAGCAUCGAGGACAACCAGUAUUUUCUACCGGCAGUGUUCCAGCUACCACUGAGUUGGCAGACCUAGCUCAUGUUCGUUUUGUGGAAGGGCCAGUCAUCCGCAAUGAGAACCUCUGUCGGCCAGCGUAUCUGCGUGACAUAGGGGUGUUCACUCCUGCCUCCCCCCUGAGGCUCUACCUUCUGCAUGCUGAUGAUCGUGCACAUGGUCAUUUGUUGUUUCUUCAGGUUUGCGAGGCUUUGGGAGUUCAAGCCUCAGCAUGGCAUUGGCAUCGGAUAGUUGAGACCCUGCCGUCAUUGCCACCUGAACAAUAUGUGCUGCUGCCUAACAGCAUGCCAUGGCAUCGUGUGCUCAUGCCUGUGGAUCUGCGGCCCCUUGGAGGCAUCGUUUCUCUGGUUGUUACGGAGCGCAAUCAGCCUUGCGGCAAUAUCGUUGCUGACGCCGCGGCACAACAGCAGCUUUCUAUUGCUGAACAGGACUUCUUGUGUCGCACCUGUGGAGCUUGGUUCGUGCCCCAGGCCUACACCAGCAUGUUGCCUCGGGGAGAUACCCUGCAGGCGUGGCCCGUCCAACGCGACCGAGCAUCAGCCCGCACUGAGCACGGAGGCUCCCUAUCUCCCAGAUUGUCUCUGGAAGAUGUCUUUUCCACCAGCCUCUCGUUACCGAGUCCUGUCGACUUGGCCUUUCAUGAAGAAAACGGCGCCAACGCGGUUGUCCUGUACACCCAAGGUCUUCACUACACUUUUGCGCCUGUCUACGCCGACCACCUUUCCAUUCGCUCCACCGUUAUGGGGAGCUUCAUGCACGAGGUGACAAGUGGGGGACUUGAAUUUAGUCAUUUCGCGAGGAUCCUACCCCCUCUUGACCGCUUGCCAGCCAUUCAAUUCGUGGCGAUGCAAUGCACUGUCGGGCAGUUUCCAGGGGUCAUUGACUUCCGGCCCUUGGGUGGCGGCCUUGUCGUUGGUGCCAUGGCGCGGGAUUCCCCACCGGCCACCAGGCUUAAGGAUGCUGUGGCUUCUUACGGCGAGCCUGAUGCAAGCACCUCUGUCAUGGGCUCCCUUGCCACUGGAACAGUGCCGGCCCCACUUGUUAUUGUGCGGAGGCGCCAACAUGGUAUGCGUGAUGAGCUCGCUUCGCCACCUUCGGCUGGUUGGCGCCCCACCCUUAGUGUGGCUGUUUGCAUCGGGUUGUCGCACCUUCUCGGUGGCCGUGGUCUUCUCUUUGGGCUCUUUUGGGGUGCAAGCAUUGCCACCUUCUUACCUCCCGCCGACCCCUUGCAGGAGGGUGCUAUCCCCAUCUCUCAGGAGCCAAUUGAUGGUCCUCCGCACAGCCCCGAAAAUAACUUGGCAAGCAUCACUGAACACCACAAGUUGGCACAACGCUUGCAAGUUUUCGGAGACUGGGAACAUGUUGAUGUUCGCUGCAGCCUAGGCCUCGCACAUGCACCGUCACGGGCUUUCCUCAUUAAGGUUUUUGCCGCCGGCAGUGUGCACUCUUUCCAUAUUCGAGGCACUCACUCCGCCCGCGACCUUAGGCAUGCCUUGCUCCGGACCAGCGGAGCCGCUGGUCGUAAGUUCCCGGUACCAGUCCUGGCCUCCCUGAAUUCCCGGUAUGUUGCCUUCGUCGCUCCUGCCAGGGAUGCUAAGUAUGUGACUAUUCUGGUUGAUAGUGGAGGACCCUUUAUUUGCCUUGAUGUCCCGGCUGAUCACCCAGGCCAACACAUUCUGGAGGCUCUUGUAUUGCUCCAUCCAGGACACCCGUAUCGUCUCGGCGAAGGCACGGUUUUCCCUCUUCGCAAUGGCGAUGUUGUGGUUGCUCAUGCCGGCGCGCCUGAGCCCCCCGUCGAGGUUGGGCACCUCACUGUCACGAGCGAUAAGCAUGAUGCCAGUCAUUGGUUGCGAGUCAGCAUGCAAGUGCUGAUUACGUCGCCCGAUAAAGGGCUUCAACUUGUUCAGGUUCCGAAAACCUUUACUAAGGGACAGCUGGAAACUGGGCUUCGUGAGUGGUAUGGCCCGACCCGGUGCGGCGCUGCUGGCCUUAUCCGCUUGCCUGUCGCCUACCCGGUGGUCGACCUGUAUUGCUUGCCCUGCCACCAAUUCAGCACCCUCACGGUACUGCUGUCGGAUACUGCUGAGUGUGACUUCCGCCCAGUGGUGCACUCCGUUUCCACUGGCUCCCAGGAGCCUCCCGAGUUGUCGCAUAUCACUCAGGUACCAUCUGCGCUGAGGGGAUUCUGGGUAGAUGUCAUGCGGAGGCGCCCUGUCAUUCUGCGGCAUUUUCUGCUCACCGAUUCUCAGACUAGGUCAGGCCAGGCUUUUCUGUUUGUCCAUCUGGGUCUCGAUUUCUGCCGGGCAUAUGAUCAGGGAUGGCGUAUCAGUCAGGCUACUGCACCACCACUAUUGAACUUAGGUGCCCUUCAGCCCGAGUGUUUUGACCCUGUGGGGCGGCCCACUGCCGGACACGAGCAAGGGACCCAAACAGUCCCGCUCCAUUGGCCACCCAAUGCUCGGCCCACGCCUCAGGGUGCGAUGCUUCAGAAGCGCGCUGCUAAAGACUGUCUGGCAGUGCCCGGAUUCCACCCAACAGGUCCGAUGCAAACUCUGGCUUGCCCGCAUCUCGGAGUUACGUGUCGAGUCCCGUGCCCUGAGGGCCACUACCCCUGGGCGCUACGAAUAGGGGAAUGGGUGAAAGCCGCAUGUACGAGGUCGGUUGACUGGCAAGAUAUCAUGAACUUAGGCGGUCUUACUACUUGGGAUCUUCCUGGGGUCGAGGUACAUGGACAGUCCAUUGUCUGGAAGUGGCCUGGCGAAGUCUAUUCGCUUGCAGGCGAAUGUGGACAUCUUCUGCAUGAUGGUCAGGACCCUUUCGUGUGUGACGCGAGCCGGGAUACGUCUGCGGCUAUCCAGCAUGUCCUGCAGCGUGCGACCACACAACUUCCCGUCGGCUCUAUCGGGCUGCUAGUUGGCGGCACAGGGGCCGGGGCCGUUCCUCGCCAUCUAUCAUGCUUCCGCAUCUUGGCUCUGCUUCUUCUCAGCACUCCUUUUGCCGCAGGGACGGCGGAUGUCUCCUCGCCUGAGCCUGAGGAGCCGUCAGUCACACCUGUGCCCGACUCUACCCCGGCAUCUGCGCUGGCUUGGUGUCAUGAACUGUCUUGCCAGACGACUCAUUGUAGCAUCGAUGCCUCUGACCUUUGGGAGUACUGUCGACAACAUGCCCCGGAUGAGACACUUCGUGUCAAUGUCUGGUCGCCUUUUCAGGGCCCCUCCACCUUUGAUGUUGCUAAAGCUGGGCCUCUGUCCACUUUCUGCAUGCUUCUUCGAGAGGCCGGCCAUCGUGCGGAGACCUGCAGCCUGCAUGUUGCCUAUGACACCCUACCAACUCAACUGGAUGUAGUGUCCUGUCCGGCCGAUGGCCCUGCAUGGUGGAUUGUCCGGGAUGGUCUUGCUCGGGAGCUGUUGCGUCCUGUUGCGCCAUGGUACGAGUCGGAUGGUCGUCGUGUCCUGACGGUCAAUUCCCUUGGACAAGCACAGGGCCUUUCCUUUGGCGGGUCUGCGGGAGCGCUCCACCGGUUAGCUACCGGCGUCAGGGCCAUCUGCACCUACCCGUUCACUCGGGUUAUUGGGCAUCUGACUGCCCACGACUUGGUUCUUACAGAGAUUGCUGUGGGGUCAGUUGCUUUCCGGCGGCAUCUCACUGGUGUGCUCCUUUGGGGCCUUCUCUUCUUUCUGUGGCCGUCACCUGCUGCUGCCAUGCAACAAGAAGUCGCCAUCAGAUCGACCGGUGGGCCUAGCCCCGGGUGGGGAGCCCGUCUUGCUCCGGUUCCAACACUUGCUAGGAUUUGGACACACACACUCUCUGCGCCUACAGUCAUGCCUUAUGUUGCGGCUCCUGAUCCAGCAGUCAUGGCACAAUGUGUAGCCAACACUGCUCGGGGAGUUCCAGCUAGCGGGGAUUUCGUAUGGACCACGCCCCAAGUUGUGCAAGGGGUUGCGCAUCUCCUCCACGUACCCUCUGGAUCUGCGCCGCCUAUGAUAUAUUGGCUCCUAAACUACCGGGGUCGAGGUACAGUGUUCGGCGCCGCCAGUGCCAUCUUCGAUUGGCAGCAAAUAGGCCAGGCUGCAGCUGAUGAUUUUGGCCUCCCUUUCUUUGCGCAAGGUCAUUUCGCGGUAUGGCAUGGCAAUCGGGUCAUCACGUAUGGCACACAGGUGCCAGUGCCGGUCCACGGGACAAUCAUUACUCUUGUGCGACAACACACAGGGUCGUCCGCUGGCCUUUCCGCCUGGGACACCCCCGUCGGUGCUCCGCUGACGUUCCAUUUUGACUACGAUAUCUGCAGGGGUCCCUGCGGAGAGCUGCCGAUGCGUGGCGAUGUGGACCUACAGGUGCGUCCCGUGCUUCCAUCGGCUUCGACAAAUAUACCACCGUCGCCCGAAGUCCACCGGGUCGAGCCUGCUCCGGCCGCGACUGCUGGUGAUGUGGUGGAACACAGUCUUGUUCGACAGGUCAAUGAAGUUAGCCACCAACUGACUAUGCUUACCACUCGGCUCGAGUCAGCGGGCGUUUUGCAAGGCAUCGAGGCGGAGGAGGGUCCUCAAGAACCCCGUUUCCGCGGGCCAGAGGCUGAUGCUGAAAGUCAGGCAAAGCUCCGUACUUCAGUUUCUUCCUGGGUUUUUACGGUUGUGAUGUCAGGUUUUUGUGUCGCUACGCGCGCCCCGUCCGGUCUCUGUAUGCUGGUGUGGCUUCCUUGCUGUCGUGGGGAUGGUGACAGCGAGACUUCGGAAGAGCCACAGCCUCCCAGCUCGCCCUCUCUCACUGCAGUGACUGCUCCAACACCAGACACCGAACUUAUUGGCACUGGAGGACCAGACCCAUAUCUUGUCCGUCCCAGUGACGAUGCUGCAGCCCGCACUGGCGCCCCGACCAUUGGAGCGUGGCCGCUCCCUAUCCCCGCCUUCUGCCUUGAGCAAAUUCCUCAACUCCAGACUAGAGUCUGUGCCUUUCUUUGCGAAGUGGAUGAUCGCAGUAAUCGCCUCUCGCCUUUCCUACCAGCUGGUUGCCCGCUUGUGCUACACAACCCUUUUACCAAUUCCGAUCAGUGCUCUGUUCGUACUCAGCUGACCGGUUCCGGGCAGAUCUUUCGUUUCUUUUUGCAGGACUUUGCCCACCGGAGGGGCUGGCAACCCAUUGUCCCGGUUCAACCACAGCCAGAUGAGCAUGCUAUACAUCUGAUCCCUGCUGCGGCUGAGCCCAACCUCGCCUCCGUUGUUCUUCGCACGCCGCAAGGUCUGCACGCCACGUGCCUGCACCGGACGCUACCAAGCGGCCCUAGUCGUGCUCUUACACUCGGGGGUCGUUUUGGUCGCCUGCGAGAGCCCUAUCCAACUCGCAGACUGGGGGAGCGGCCUGUGCACCUAAGGGACGGGGACUGCCUUCUCCUUGAUCAAGGGCCAUUUGGGCCUCCCCCUCCCACUCCCGUCAGGUCUGCCACGGGGCUAGGAUCCGGUAUCUUCCUCAGCUGUUUUCGGUACCGAGGUUGCUUUCCGUUACUCCUGUUCUGGCUCCUUCCGUUCGCCGACGCCAUGCAAGGAGUUGUGAUGCCUUCCCACUCCCGUCACCGGCCAGGCCUAGAGGUUGGCCGGUAUCCUUGGCGUCUCCCGCCACACGAGCGAACUCUACAGGUUGUGGCUCAGCAGGCGCAGGUCCGCUGCACUUUACUGUGCCCGCUCACAGGCCUUCAGGGAGUCUAUGAGGUUCCCUCUCAGAGCACAUACACAGCGAUUAGACAACACUAUCAGGCAGUCCAUGGCCAAUGGCUGGUCGACGUUGUCCCUGUGUGGCCAGCUCCGCGGGAUGAUCGGCUUCUCUUUAUUCCUGAUAUCGGAGCCGGUUCUCGUUGCGUCUGCGUGGUUGCCCAGCAAGAGCAGGCCCUUAAAGCGAUCUUGGUGCCUGGCCGCUGCACAUAUGAAUGCCUACUUCGCAGCUUGCAACACUUGUCAGGGUGGCACUUUGAGCGCCUUCGCCUCCCGCCAGCUCUACAUAAUCAGCUGCUCCUGGAUCACGCUGCAGAACUGCAACUUCGAAAUGCAGAUGUUUUUCUUUUGGGACCUGCGGCCAUCCCGGCAGACGCAGCAGCUACCCACAUUUCUAUUGCUAGGCCAGACCGCAUCCCAUGGGAUGUUCCAUUCACUACUGUGACCACUGAGAUAGUUGCCGUCUGGUUGCCCGACACACGUUUUCCCAUUUUCACCAAUGUCCCCGGCGGUUCUGUUUGGCUUCCAGAUACUGGAACAUUCAGUGGGGCAUUUAGUACCCGCCAUCCUGGGCGUUGGAUCCCGGUUGCCUGGCAUCCGGCACAGUGUGUCCACUUUGUUCAAGCAGCGGAUCGGAGGGGCCGGGCACACAUUCUGCACGAAAGCCACGAAGGUGUUCUGGCCGUCAGCUUUACUAGCCGUACCUCGCGCACUGAACUGGCGGAAGAAUUCCACACCUUGCCGGAGCACAUUUCUGUCCUCGGGGCCACCCCUGAUGACACUACCGCGCCUCUGGCCUUACGUGACGGUGACAUCGUUUUCGACUCAUACUUGUAUGAACCACCUGGCCCAGCAGUCUGGAACAUCGGCGCUGCCGAUCGGCCUCAUCUACAUAGAUGGGUUGUUUUUGCGUUUGUGUGCGCUAUAAGCAGGCUGCCGACUUUCUGGGGUAUCUUGCCUUUGCUUCCGCUUGGAGCUGCCACUAGGAUGGAACGUAGCCGGUCUAGUGGUUCUGCUGCCUCCUCAGCGGACUCCUCCGCGACACUUAGUCCUCGUGCUGGGUGUUGGCGGCCAGAAACCCCGCAGCCUAUGCAUGAGGUGUUGACUCACGGCCGGGCGCACUACUGCAUUCUCUCCCCCUUUCAUGCGGGAGGCACCACCGGCUACUUCCUCCGUGAAACGUCUGGGGACGAUUUGGAUGGUCGCGUUGCUCUCUUUUGUGGGGGGUGGAGCCGGCGCCAUGUACUUCUGGGUCCCACGAUUGCCCGUCAGCCUCUCGUCAUGCUCCCUGGCGGGCUACAGGACCUGGCUACUAUAGUGGUCCACACGGGUGAGCGUAGACAAGCCCAUCUCGUCCCCCGUCGGUUCUCGUGGCGAGAGCUUCACGCCUACGUCAAAGUUAAGCAUCCGAAUGGGAACCACCUUGUCUCUGCGCCGGCAGUCGCGCGAUACAGGGCACUCCCUAGUCUUCCUAUCGAUCUCCGAGAUGGCGACAGCUUUUCUUGGAGGCUAGACCCUAGCCAGCCGCAUGCAGUCUCCUUACCCUCGCGGCCACGCUACGCCCACUGGCUGCCGCAUCUGGAUGCCUGGCAUUCACCAUUCGUGCUUAAGCAUGGAGCGUGGGUCUUUGUGUGGCAACCGCAAAGGGAUCCGCUCUUUCAGUGUGAACGGCGGUGGAUUCCAGCCGGCAGUGCCUGGCUCCCUGGGAGCCUACAAUUUUGCCGACCGCGUUGCGCUCCAGGAUCUGCUCGAUGGGUGCCUGUGUCCCAUUACGACGGCCGAUGCCAUUUCGUCCAGCAGUCUCCCUCGGGCUGUGCACACGUUUUGGCGUACCGACCUUUCAGUGGGUAUGAGCCUGAAUGUUGGUUGAUAGAUAAUCCUGCGUCGGCUGAUGCGGUGCCGCAAGGUUGGCAACUCGCCCAUCACAUUCAGUGCCGAACAGCUGGCUCGGCUCUCCGGGAUGGUGACGUCUUGAUUCCAGCUCCCGUACCACCCUUGAUUCCCGCCUUGUCUGCUUUCGCUGCUAAGAGCCGAGGUUUUACCAUUUUGUUUUACCUCUGUGUUCUGGGAGGCUGGGGCCAGCCGACCUUCGCAAUGUUUGCACCUCCGGAAGCGCAACUUCAGGAGCCGGUCAGGGUCGGGAAAUUUCCUUGGCGUCUGCCCGAUGAAGACCGCGCGUUGCAUGAUUCCAUCCAGCCUGGACAGCUUUGUCAUGUGCUCUCGCCGUAUGGUGUUCAAGGUGACCCGGCUGUUGAUCUUACGCCCGACGACACGGUUGAAGACGCUAGAGUUGCCCUUACCGGCGCGGAGCCUGCCUGGUCACAAGACAUCAUGCCUGUUUUUCCGGCACCAGUGCCUGGGCGCCUCACUUUUGUGCCUGUUGCGCCUGCCCCGUCCCUGGCGUGUGUGCUUGUGCUGUCUGUCGAGUGGCAUCUUCCACUCCUCAUUCCUAGUCGAGCUGACAUAGUCUGGUUGCUUGGCUACCUACGCAGUCUUUCUCCCGGACCCAUUCUGUCCGUCAGAGCCCCGGUUGCGGCUCAGGCAGCUGAGAUGAGUCUUAGUGACGCUGUACACUGGCGCGAUGGAGACCUGCUACUGGCUUUUCCCACUGAUGCGGAGCACAGUGCUAUCGAUAUUCCGGUUUUCAGGGAAGAGCCACUCCUUGCUGCGCGCAUACGUCACAUGGCCUUCUGGUCCUAUGACUUCCAGGUCGAAGCUCCUCUCUCCGUGGUGCUUUGGCGACCUGGCCGUCGUCCGACUCAAGCUCAUGUUCCAUCCGGGUCACAAUGGUUGGCCGAGGCUUGUACUUUCAUGGGUGUUUUUCAAAAUCGUUACCCGGGACGAUGGAUCCCAGUUGCAUGGGCUUACGAUGACCGGCCUCACUUGUGUGCUCAGUCUUCCGACACUGACCUACGUAAUAUUAUCAUUGAGACACUGCAAGAUGAGCAGCUUCGUGGCACCUGUCACACGGUGCAUGCCCUAGCCAAUGCUGCUACCUGCGGCAUGCUGGUUGACCGGGUUGAUUGCCCUUGCUUCCUUCUUGGCCUGUCCUCUGAGAAAAGCUGGCCUGAAUUACGCAAUGGGGACAUUGUGCAUUUUCCCCCCACUCGUAGCAAUGGAGCGUGUGCUGGAAUUGGGUACCUUGUGGGGUUGUUGGUUUUACUCCGGCCUUCCUGGGCUGCACUUGCUGUUGUCUGGGGCACUGCUAAUCUAUUCCCGCAUGUGGCCGCAACUCCCUCCAGCCCGCUCUCUGGCCGCCGUGCACCAUCGUGCUUAUGGUGUCCUUUUCUGGGCAGGCGCAGUGCUCCGAAUGGGCCGGAUAGGGGCCCUGGGCCCGUUACAGGCUUGUUGCACUCCGACAGAUACGUGACUGUGGAUCCUGCCCCGUGGGCCGAGUCCGUGCACGGUGUCUGUUGCUUGGGGAUUCCUAACUGGGUCACGGUUCUUGUUGUAGGGCCGCCGACACCCCGUGCCGUACUCCUCCCCUCGCAUAUCUUGUACGAUCAACUUCUUCAGGUUGCCCGACACCAUUUUGCAGAGGUCUCCCACAUUGAUGGCAAUCACCCAAUGAUGGGUCGCCGCGGACAACAGAUUUGCCUCCGUGACGGUGACUGUCUGCGUGUCGCCCAGGAUUCGACACGGACUGUGGAGUUGCCCGUUGGAAAUUUUACACGGGGUUGGACACUGCUCUGGCGCGAUCCCCACGAAUUGUACCGCAUACUGCGGGCGGCUCCUGGCCAGGCGUGGUAUCCUCCUCUCGGGAGUCUUCUACCGGCCAUGCUCCAGGAGGUUGAGUGCUGGUGGCCAUGGCGGUCUCCCGUGCCCGAAGAAAACAUCAUCCACAUGCUUCCGCGGGACCUGCCGCAGCCUCUAUCAGGCCCUUCGGCUGAUGGACGGGCCGCGCACUCCUCAGCCACCUCUGUUUCUAGCAGAAGCUGCCGAAAAGGUUUCAGUCUGGCCCUUUUCAGUACCCCUCUUUUGUUCCUAAGCAGCCUGGGACGUUCCACGGGGACUAAUCAACACGGGUUCCUCAAGUUUGCUCUCCUCUGCUUGGUCUGUUAUUUGGCCGCGUGGGGUGCACCCUCCGAGUGGUGCAAAAUGCAAGACGGCACUUGGCACCUAAAAAUGCAAGCCGCCUGCCAGCUACAGGCACAUCUGCAUCAGGGCUGGUGGACAGAAGGUCUGGCUGACGCCCUACCUAGCAUGCUCCCCGCAGCUUACCACUAUGCAUGGCAAGCGGAGCCCCGAUGGCAAGCAGGGCCACCUGAGUCGCUCCUGAUCGCCACUGAUGGUAGUGGGGUAGCUGCAGGUUCCUGGGCAUUCAUUGCCUGGGGCUUCUCACGCGGUCGAUGGUAUCGCCUUGGUUGGGCGGCCGGUUCACUGCCAGCGACCCCGUGGUUACCCUCUGAAGGCCAAGCCCCAGGCACCCUGCUGACCUCUUAUCUGGCUGAAUUAGCGGCACUUCAAUCUGCGGCUCAGUGGUGCACAGCUAUGUGUGACCUUUGGCAACUACGGACUGCGGCUAGGCCCAGUUCGGUUUCCGUUGUGGUUGAUAAUGCCAGUGCCCUCCAGGCCGCUGCUGGUGUCGGGGCCGUUAGUACGGAGGCCUCCCGUCGAGUUAGAUCUGUCUGGCAGGCAGUCCAGGCUCGUGUUACCACGCACUUUCGGCAUGUGCACAGCCAUAUGGGCGUCAAGGUUAACACUUUGGCCGAUGCACUUGCCACGGUCGCUACUACUGGGGUACUUGAUUCUUGGAUGACUGUAGCCUCUUUCCAGGCAUGCAAGGCACACGCGGCCGACCUAUAUCCUGAAUUAUGGUUAAUCCCACGUGCUACCAUGCAUGAGAGCGAGCCAGUCUUUGUUCUCAACCCGGGUCCAACUGACUGGAUCCCACCGGCGGACGCAGCGGUUGAGUUGCGUCCUCGUCCCGCAGUUAAACCUCCCAUUGAGUUGCAGAUUUUGACUGCUAACGUUCAGUCGAUCAAGGAUGUUCGCUGCAAUCUUUUCAACCCGUCCGGCCAUGGGGCACGCAGGCAAUACUUGCUUAGUCAACUUACUCGCCUUCAAGCUGACAUCGCAUAUGUCUUCAGGAGACUCGUGCGCCAGCCGGGCGUUGGAGUACAGGCGGAUGGCUCCAAUGGCGCUCUGGUGCUGACAGAGGCCAAUAUGGCUGUGAAGUCUGGUUGCGCCCAGAUCAAGUCCAUCCUCCGCUCAAGCUCUCAGAUUGACCUUCGCAAUGCCUUGCAACAUGCACCUAAGGGCAGAGGCUUGGUCCUCGGCAUUGAUGCCAAUGGUGACUUCUGCGCACAAGAUGAGGGUGCAUGCCUCAUCGGUCCGGAGGUAGCCCGCCAUGAAGCUACGUCCAAUGAUGAACAUCUCUUCGAGUUUGCGACAUCACUUGGGCUAGAGGCACCAGCCACGUGGACGACUGUCCAGGUCGGACCGGGGUGGUCGUGGGAACAUACGAGCGGUCGUCGCAAACGUCUGGACCAUCUGCUGUUCGGAGCUGGUGCCUGGACGCACUCUCUUGCUAGUCAGGCGUGGGACUUCGAUAUUGUCAACUCCCAACGCGACCACCUGGCACUCCGUGUCCGCACCACACUGCAGCCAGCUGCGCCGAUUGGCCGGAAAUGUGUUGUCAAACGGAGCAAUGCAACUGACACCCGUGACGACGGGGCGUCUGUAUGGCAACGACUCGCUGCUCACCCUAAUGAGGCCACCAGCAGCGCUGAGCUUGUCAGUCAGCUUGUCACUGAGCAUCGGCUUUGGGUGCAAAUGCUUGCUCCGAAACGGGCCCUCUCCCCCCGUCAGCCCUACAUUCAACCGCGCACUCUCUCUUGGCUCUUUCAACUUCGGGACUGGCGCUGUCAGCUGCGGGCUGUCCAGCUAGCCGCUAAGCAAGCAGCGCAACGAUUGGUCCUACGCAGGUGGAGUCGCCGACCCGCCACAGAGCGCGCCGGCGCACGGGUGCAGCAUCGACAUUCACGGCUAUUGGUUGAGGCCAUGCGGGCACAGGAGCGCCGUCUCCAGGCCAUCGCACACUCGUAUGCCCGGCAGGAUAAACAAGCCCACUUCCUCCGCCUUACCGCUGCUGCUACCGAUCGGUGGCAUGCUGAUGGCCGUCCGCAUGAAGCCAUUAUUAAGCUCCGUUGGGCCUCUAGGCGAGCUGCGGAGCGCCGGCAAGUCUUCUCUGCAGGUGGAUUCGACAUUGAAGCCGAGCUGGAAGAGCAGUUUAGGGCGCAAGAGGCUGCCUCUAAGAUUCAGGCACCACACAUUGGUAGCGUGAUAUUACCGUGGUUGCAGGCUGAGGCCCCGUCGUGCACAGCAGCGAUCCCUACCCUACUUGCGACAGAAGAUGCCUGCAGACGGCAGAAGGGUAACAAAGCACCAGGACCGGAUGGGAUUGUUAACGAGUUUUGGAGCUGUUUUCCCGUGCAGGCGGGGCGCUGGACCUGGGAAGUCCUAACGCGCAUCGCCUUAACUGGCCGCGAGCCCCUGCACUUCAAGCUUGCGCUCUACUGCGCGCUCUACAAGAAGGGCCCUGCGGCUCUUCCUAAGAACUAUAGGGCCAUUGCGCUCCUCAACGGUAUUGCCAAGUUAUGGCAUGGCCACCUGCGUCGCACUGUCGGGCGCAAUGUCCUUCGUGGAUAUGAUUCAGCCCAGCUAGGUGGUAAACCUGGCAUCCCCGUUGGCUUUGCCAUCGCUGCCUUUCGCGCAGUCACGGAUUUGUGCGUCGCCUCACAACAUUGCACUGCUGCACUGUUCGUCGAUGUCCAAGCCGCCUAUUAUGAAGUGAGCCGGAAGCUCAUUUUCGAGGGUGACGACCUGGAGGUCCAGCACGGUCCCCGCGUAGCGGCUGAAUCGCAUCUAUCCAGCCUUGCACAUUCCUUGCGGGACAACGGUGCCUUAGCCCUGCUUGGGGUUCCUGAUGAGGAACGUCAACUCCUUCACGACUGCGUUGCCUACUCCCAUUGGCGGCUUGUCGGGUCGGAUCAUGUGUUCCUUGCCUCCAAAGGCUCCCGCCCCGGGGACGGUCUUGCUGAUAUCCUUUUCGGCGCAUUAUUCGCGGUUGCACUGCGUCAUAUCCGUAGGGCAUGCAGCGCCGAAGGAAUCACUCUCCAAGCCGCUGGCAGUCACAUCGGGGCAGACGACACCGUACUCCCCAUUGGAUGGGCCGACGAUCUUGCUAUACUUGCUGAUUUCAUGUCGCCGGCACAACUGCGGGAUCUCCUCCCACGUUUUGUGACUAUCGCCAUCACCACCCUUGAUCUUCUUAACCUCAGGAUUAACCUCGGUGCCAGCAAAACAGAGGUUAUGGUCGAUAUUAGAGGUGUAGAGGCCACCAAGAUCCGGAGUGAGCUCCUCGCUGCGCCGGCUGUCCUGCACCUGCCCAGCGGACACGAGGUCCGCAUUUCGCCUGAGUACAGAUAUCUCGGGGUGAUAUGUACUCCCCGGGAUACCGGCCGACGCGACAUGGAACUGUGCGCGCAACGUGCACAUGCAGCAUGGUCCCAUGCGAAAAGUCUCCUUACAUGCCCGCGGCUCCCGUGGCGACUGAAACAGGCAUGGGUAGGCGGCCGAGUGCUACCAGCUGCCUACGCAACCAUUGCCACUUCUAUCGCGACCUCAGCACGAGCCCUGAGCCCGCUGGUUGGAUUCUUCGAGAGGGCUGCUAGACAGCUCGUGGAAUCAUGGUCAUAUGGCCACAUGCUCAGCAAGCCUCUUCUCACUCUGCUGCUGGGCCUGUCCUCCCCGGAGGACGCCAUCUGCAUUGCGCGGGUGCGCCUCACGGUCCAACUGCUCACGCGUGCACCAGCAUGUGUCGGCAAUCUGGUUGAUGCGGUCUGGAACCGGGCUACGCCUUGGGGGCAGUUGCUCACCGAAGCCUGCCAGGAACUCGCUCAUAGCUUGCCAGGCCCCUACGAUCGCACCCGGGUGACGAGUCUCCUUGUUCGUGAUAAGGCUAGCCUACUCUUUAAGGCCUGCCGACACCUCAGCCGCUACGGCUCUGCAUACAGGGCGCUUCACCUCCUGUGGCAGGAUGUUACUGUGCAGAAGACCUCUCGGGUUCUGGGUCGUCGUAACCCCUGCACGUGCCGUCUGUGUGGCCAAUGUCUUCCGAGUGCCCAUGCCCUUGCUGCACACAUCCACAGGAAGCACUCUGUAGUCAACUGCCUCACACAAUAUACAUGUGGAACUGUGUGCCUCUGGUGCCAUGCCGACCAGCACUCCACAGAUCGUCUCAAGUACCAUCUCAAGACGUCUCCCGCUUGCUUACACGGUUUAAGGGUUGUGGUUGGCCCUGCUUACAUUUACGGGACCGGAACCAAGAGGAAAGGGCCCCGAUGCCACAGAGGCCUGCCAGCGACGCGCCUGCCCGGGCCUAUCAAUGCCACGCCGGCGCAGAGGGCAGCAGCUGAGCAGGCGCGCGAAUGCACAGAAGAUGAGCUCCGCUUGGAGCGUCUGCUGCAUCUUGGGGUUACAGAAGUCGAUGACUGGCCAGACAAUGCACUCGACCAUUUCGAUCAAGGUGCCAGCGGAUCUCUGCCGGCACCGGGUACGGAUGUCAGGCCCAACGAUGCUCAUGCACCUCUAGCGUGUGCUGCUUCCUUACAUGCAACGAGCCUGCGAUGCUGUUUCGUGAUCGAAGCCGAGCAGUUGGCUCCAAUCUUGCCUUCGGUUGUUGGUCGGGUUGUGUCACCGCGCUGGCCUGAGAUGGUGCGGCAGCCGGCGCUCUGGCGCCUUCCCACUGUCUGGCAUCGCUUGUGGAAGUUGUGGACCUCCGUUCACUCCUUUCAUCCAUGGGAUUUCGAGGCACGUUCUGGUUUCAAGUCAUUGCGUGUCGCGCUUGAUGCUACAGAGGGCCCUACUGACGGGCCUCCUAUUGCUCUGCGCGCCUUGUUGAGCGCGACGGUGAUGUUCCGUCUGAUCUGCAAGCAUGUGCAAAUGGGUGCUGCUGUUUGGAUCUGCGGACGCCCAAGUUCACUGGGGACCCGAUUGUGGCGUGACCUCCUGCCCGAUGCAGUCUUCACGUCCGUGUCACUCAGCGAAGGUCAGGUUUUUCUUGCUGCUCCUCAGGAGCUUCUCAUUCCGGCGGUAAACCACUUGAGAUCUCGUACCUCCCUCUUUGAGGCAGGUGCUGAUGAGCUCGUGGUCCGCGCUUCCUCGAUUUGUCGCUCCUUUGAGCCCGACGGGUCGUAG